CGUCCAUGGCUCUGAAGGCGGAUCGAGCCUUCGUCCUGCACGGGGUGAGAAGUUCUCUGAGGAAGCGACCAGAUGAGCAUCUCACAAACACACAAAAGACAUUCACCAUGCAUCAGCAAGUAUCAAGGGAUCAGCCAACAAACUGGAAUUUUAAUCGCAACUCAUCAGACAUCUCCAUAGAUGACAAGCUAAGGGAGGUGCCCUUGUCUGGCAGCCAGAAGAACAGCCCCAGCAUUGAUGAAUUGGAACAAAGUUUAAGUGAACUAAAGAUGCAGGUGAAGAGUCUGACUUCAAGUCUGACCCCUGCAUUAAUGACAGACUACAAAAGGAAAGGAGACCUGGACAGCACUUCCAGGCCUAGCAGCAAAAAUGGUGAUUGGCUGGUCCUAACCAAUGGGGCAUUUCACGAGAACAGAGGUGGAACAGCACAACAUUCCGAUGAGUCAGAGUGGUUUAUGAGGCCGAGGCAUUUAGUGCAAUCACUGGGCAGAUACCCAGCCCUCGAAGACCUCGGAGUUCCUGCUCACUUCAUAUCUCCGGUUGAUCGAGUGGUGGGCCUCACUGGGAGCGAGCUCUCCAGCAAAAGCUUCACGGCUGCCACCAUCUCACCUGCUGACAUUGCCUACAGAGAAAGCGUACCCACGAGGGUGGGUGCACCGCACCUAAUUGGAGUCAGAGCUCUCCUUCCUCCUCAGAUUCCGGUCCGGCUUCAGUGCCCCGAAAGGAUGAGAUCACCAUCUCCCAACACCCAUUUCCGGACUCUCAGGCGCUCCAGAGACCUCCGGUCACGGUCUCUGUCCCCUGCUCCUAAAAGAAGCCAUUGGCAGCAAUCCCGCCCUCAGUCUCCUAAACCAGCGUGGAGACCAAAUUCUGCUAAAGUGAAUGCAUGUGGUAGGCCCCCUCCGCCCAUAAAGAGGCAGACAACCGUGAGUAAGAAAGCAGCCUUUGCCAGACUGUCUAGACCGUAUUCCUACAAUCCAGAGGCCUUCAGCCUGAGCUCCCAGCCUAUACCUAAUCAGAGUGUAGAUGACCAUCUGAGUUUCACAGCUCUGGAUGUGGCAUCACCUUCUACAAGGGAGAUCAGUGACAGGUUCCUGCAAACGCUGGCAGAGGGCGACGUCAGACAGUCAUUGGUGGAAAUGUCUCCUUACCAACAAGAACUGUCUCAGCUGAGGCUGCAGCGUCUCCGUGUGGAGGAAGAGUUACUGCUGGAGCUCAAACGGCAACAAGAACUGGAAAGAGUCCGGGGCCCGCAGCUCAAAUGGUAUGAAAUGAAAGGACCUCGCUUUCAUUAUGAAGCUCACAAGAACAAUGAAUUGUUACGAAGCAGCAAGGAAAGGCAGUCUGGAUUUAGCUAUGGAGAGGACCUCUCUGCUUCCAGUGACUUCUCUCAAAAUGUCAACAUGGACUCCGUGUGA